AGUGGGUCAUGUGGCUGACCAGCCGCGCGUGGCUCCCAAUUCUCGUACAAGGGUACUUCCACCUCUGGCGUCUCCGUGCUCCCAUUACUUGGGGUGGUUGUAGGGGUCCGAUGACGGAAGCAUUCUCAGCCGGGGCCGAGGCAGCGACAGGGCUGAAGACUCCGGCUCAACAAAAUGGAGACGUUAGUGGCGUCGCGAGUGGUGAGCGGCUCUCCGGGAGCCCGGAGCCGGUGGGUCCGGGAGUGGAGCCGGCCCUGGAGGACGGGAAGCAGACCCAAGCGAGCGAGGAGCAGGCCUUAGUCGCAGCUUCAGGCCCAGGCCAGCGUAGGAAGCGACGGGACGCCCCCAAGGAGCGCGUCGUGCCACCCCCGAAGAAGCGGCGGGCAGGGGUGAGCUUCGGCGAUGACCAUUUUGCAGAGACCAGCUACUACUUCGAGGGCGGCCUGCGCAAAGUGCGGCCCUAUUACUUUGACUUCCAAACCUACUGCAAAGGCCGCUGGGUGGGCCACAGCUUGUUGCACGUCUUCAGCACCGAAUUCCGAGCCCAACCCCUGGCCUACUACGAGGCCGCAGUCCGGGCGGGGCGCCUGCACCUAAACGAGCAGCCAGUACAGGACCUCAGCAUUGUUCUCAAGGACAAUGACUUCUUGCGAAACAGAGUGCACAGGCAUGAGCCACCAGUCACAGCAGAUCCUGUCCGCCUGCUAGCUGAGAACGAGGAUGUGGUGGUUGUAGACAAGCCUUCUUCCAUUCCUGUCCAUCCUUGUGGCCGCUUCCGACACAAUAGUGUCAUCUUCAUCCUGGGCAAGGAGCACCAGCUCAAGGAGCUACAUCCACUGCAUCGGCUUGACCGCCUUACCUCAGGUGUCCUAAUGUUUGCCAAGACAGCAGCUGUCUCAGAGAGAAUUCAUGAGCAGGUUCGGGACCGACAGCUGGAGAAGGAGUACGUGUGCCGGGUGCAGGGGGAGUUCCCCACUGAGGAAGUGACCUGCAAGGAACCCAUCUUGGUGGUAUCUUACAAGGUAGGGGUGUGCCGUGUAGAUACUCGGGGCAAGCCCUGUGAGACAGUGUUCCAGAGACUGAGCUACAAUGGCCACUCCAGUGUGGUGCAGUGCCGGCCACUCACAGGCCGCACUCACCAGAUCCGAGUCCACCUCCAGUUCCUGGGCCAUCCCAUUCUCAAUGACCCCAUCUACAACUCUGUUGCCUGGGGUCCUUCCCGGGGCCGGGGCGGCCACGUUCCCAAAACAGAUGACGAACUGCUUCGGGACCUUGUGGCAGAGCACCAGGCCAAACAGAGCCUGGAUGUGCUAGAUAUCUGUGAGGGCGAUCUGUCCCCGGGACUCAUAGGCUCUACAGCUCCCUCCUCAGUGUUGGGUAAGGACCACCUAGAAAAGUUGGCUACAUCUGCCCAGAAGAUGGAUGGAGCAGUUGAGGCAGCCCCUCAGGAUCUGGACACAAUAGCCUUGGCACCAGAGAAGGCAGCCGAAACAGAUGCUGUGAAUCAAGAGAUAGACCCUCUCUGUGCAGAGUGCCGGCUGGUGCGACAGGACCCCUUGCCCCAGGACCUUGUGAUGUUCCUGCAUGCUCUGCGUUAUAAAGGACCCGGGUUUGAGUACUUUUCACCCAUGCCUGCCUGGGCACAGGAUGACUGGCAAGAAGACUGAAGGCUGUGGCCGAGGGACUGCUUCUUGAACUAGAAGAAUGGGCCAUGGAGUAGGAACUGAUCUCAUGGGCUGGUACUCAGGGUUUCUACAGGAGUGAGGUUGGGCUUAUUAAAGGAUCUGCUUAUAUUUGCUACCUCCUUCUGUCCUCUUCCUCUAGCUAUAGUUAGGGAGCUUGUUGGUUUGUAAAUACAUCCCUUUUUCUAACA